AUGAGGGUUUUAGGUAAAGAAAAUCAUAACAGAAAAGAAGAGACAGGUGCUCGCCCAAUAACUGGUACAGAUAGAAUACAAACGGGCGAACGAGCUGCUGAAGUCGGAGCUUUGCGAGUAUUCGAAGAAAAUGUCGACAAAGCUGAUACCAAUUUGUUACAAGCUGGCAACUUUACUGCCUGUCCAACAAUGACAGCAAUAAAAAAAAUGGCUGCUGAAUAUAGAGAGAAACACCAGCUUGAUCUAGAUUAUUACAAUGAAAUAAGACUAUUAUCAAAUGCACUGGAAGCUGCGGACAUCUGA